AUGUGCUCCAUCGGGCCCGACUGGCUGCGGCAGCUGCUGCGGUGGCAGCAGGGCUCCCCCCUCAAGGGCGCCUAUGGGGACCACACCUUUGUGUUCCGCACCCCGCCCGUCGGCCCCGACAACGAGCAGUACGUCGUAAAGGCUCACUGCAAAGCGGAGCUGCACACGUUUGACUGGGUGGAGCGCAUGGUGCGUGCAGAGGUGUCUUUUCACGACGUGUUUCGCGGCUGCCUGCCCCCUGGCAUUGUGCCGCUGCGAGGGUGCUACGAGGACGAGGCCUUCAUCUACCUGGUCUUCCCUUAUGCAGGCCGGCCUCUGUUGAACUACGUGCGCAAGCCGGCCGACCCGACGUCCCACAAGCUCAGCGCCCUCCUGGCGCAGGAGGUGGCGUACCAGCUGAUCCUGACCUGGGACUGGAUGCACACGCAGGACCUGGUGUACCUGGACGGCAAGCCCGACCAGGUGGUGCUGCAGUUUGACAACCUGGCGCGCAGGGUGCUGCCCAGGCUGGUGGACAUGGGCUCGGUGGACGACACCGGCUGCUGCCACGCCUCGACACCCGGCUACGUGCCCCCUGAGAAGCACUACCUGGGAGGCAACGCCGCGGCGACACCCAAGUGGGAUGCGUACGCAGUGGCGGUCAUAUUUGGGGAGGUCCUGACCGGCUGCGUGCCGGGCGACCCCACGAGCGGCGCCGCCGACGGGCCCGAGAUGACUGAGGAGGAGCUCAUCGCGGACUUCCCUUUAAUCUUUAUGUCCAGGUCAGCCUGGAGGGCGCUGCCUCCCUCCUGCAGCGACCUCAAGGCGCUCAUCGCCCAGCUGGCGCUCCCGGACCCCGCCCGGCGACCCACCCUGGAGGAGGCGCGGCGCUCCCCCGCGUUUGCGCAGCUGGAGCGGGAGGCGGGCGAGCGGCAGCGCAAGCUGUGGGUUCUGAUGGCGGGGCGGGAAGACAUGUUGGAGGCAUUCGAGGCGCAGGAGGCCGAGGCCGAGGAGCUGCGCGCUGAGCUGGCGCAGAGGGAUGAGGUGGCGGCGGCGCUCAAGCGGCAGGUAGCCAACAAGGAGAGCGUCAUGAGGCAGAUGCUGGGGCAGAGCCAGCGCCAGCAGCAGGAGAUCAAGCAGCUGCGGGACCAGCAGCGGGCGCUGCAGGCCCAGGUGCAGCAGCUGGAGGCGGAGGUGCGGGCCAGGGAGGACGCGGCGCGGCUGGCCGAUGCCACAUGCGAUGAGCUGCGGCACGAGGUGGAGCUCAAGUGCCAGGGCACGCGGCGGGUGCGCGACUGCCUGAUCAUAUCGGUGGACGAGACGCAGGCGGCUUGUCGCGAGGCGGCGGUGCUGCAGGGCCGGGUGGGGCGGCUGCAGGCGUGCCUGGGGACGGUGCACAGCGGGCUGAGGGCGCUGCGGCAGGAGUGCGCUGCCGCCGACAGCCAGGCCAGUGCGACUUGCAGCGACAACGGCAAAGACAGCUGGACCGACGGCUACAGCGCGCCCUCCGGUUCCCAGAGCAGCAGCGCAGCGGCCACCUCUUCCAGCUGCAUCAGCGGGGCUGGCAGCUGCGCCAUGCUCAAGGCUGCCACUGCGGUGCUCGUUGGCGGGCAGCAGGAAUUGGCUCCCGAGUGUAGCAGCAGCAAGGGUGACCGGAUGGAUGGAGACAGCGAGGGCGGUGACACCGCUUCGGCGUCGUAUGCGCUGGAUUGCUCGGUGGUGAUCGUGCGCGCCGGCUCCCCUGUGGCCGGCGGCACCAAGGCGGCGGCGAGCACGCCGUGGGACUGUGACAGCAGCAGGGGUGGCUCCCGCAGCUGGAACGCUGGCGUGAUCGUUGGCGGCGCCUUUGACAGCGGCGUGACCGCCCCCGCUAGCGGCAAAGGGCUGGCGCCUGGCGUGGGCGCGCGCGCGGCCUGGUGGGGCCUGAUGCGCGGCAAGGCGCGCCAGGCCAAGGCUGCGCUGCGGCACGGGGUGUUUGCGCCCCUGUGUUUUGUCCCAGGCGAGGUGGACCGCUUCUGA